UAAAAAGAAAGUUAGGUCAUACAGGGGAACCAGCAAUCCAUCAAUCAGUCACUGAUGCCUCUCUUUCUCUCUCUUCUGCUGCUUUUCUCGGGAAAAUUGUGUUAGGGUUUCUGUGAUUGAGCAUUUGAGCUUGCAAUCAGCUCCUUGAGGGCACAAAAGAUUCCAUUGUUUGGUUCCAGAUUAAAAUUUUGUCAGUUUGUUUCAGUUCAGAUCUUCACUCUCCAAGGAUAUGGUGAGGGGUAAAACUCAGAUGAAGCGCAUCGAGAAUGAGACAAGCAGGCAAGUAACGUUCUCGAAGAGAAGGAACGGGUUACUUAAGAAGGCCUUUGAGCUUUCAGUGCUGUGUGAUGCUGAAGUCGCACUCAUCAUCUUCUCUAACAGAGGCAGGCUUUAUGAGUUCUCCAGUUCAAGAUGCUCCAGUAUAAACAAAACAGUUGAACGAUAUCAAAGGAAAAUCAAGGACCAGGGUGUCAGCAACAAAGGAAUCCAUGAAAACACACAGCCUCCGAAGGAAGGUGAUGUCAGGAUGGCAACGAAGAUCGAGCACCUAGAAGUUUCCAGAAGGAAGCUUUUGGGUGAUGAAUUGGAUACGUGUUGUAUUUACGAGUUACAACAGCUAGAGAAUCAGAUCGAAAGCAGCCUCAACAAAAUUAGGGCAAGAAAGAAUCAAUUGUUCAGGGAGCGAAUUGAGAAGCUAAAAGAUGAGGAACGGUGCUUACUCGAAGUAAAUAAACGCUUACGGGACCAGUAUCGGAUGCAACAACAGCGUUCUUGGAGCGAUGAGGAUGUGGAACUCUUCACAGAAAAAGGGGGAGAAGAGGUAGAGACGGAGUUAUUCAUAGGGAGACCAGAGAGAAGAAUGCCAUUAAAGUUGAAACCUGGAACACAUUGUGCUAAUAAAACAUACAUAGCCAAAUAAUCUGUAGAUUGAAUAUUAAUAAUGCCCUUGUAAACGCUAGCGCACCUUCACCCUGUUAUAUUCAUGUCUGAUUAAGAUGCUUAACUUUUGUUGUACCUAACAAAUCACAAUGGCGAUUGUGAACUGCUACUUAAAUAAUUGGAGUACAACAGUCACGUUCCAAACCUUUUUUUUUA